GAGCGUGACAAGGAUCGACAAGAAGGAGGUUCUGCCUAUUCAGCAGAAGCCGGAUUACUUUGUGUGCCAACCUCCUGCAAAGGUUGCGAGGCGAAUCCGUGAAUCAGAGAGGGAGCUGGUUUUCGACCACGCAGACCUCUUCGUUCGGAAGAAAUGGCACGGCUCACUUACCGUGGAGGACUGGUGUGGCAAAGUCAUGGGAUUGCCUUCUGAGGACCAGAGUGACUAUGUCAAAUGCAUUGAAGCCAACUGCCGCGGCGAGAAUGAGCAGGCCUUUACUCUUGCAGCUGUGGAGGAGAACACCGGAGACAUUGCGGGCUACGUUCACGCAAACAGAAACGACAAGGAUUUGAGGCUGAACAUAGGCUACCUGAAGGUUGACAAGGAGCACCAAAGUAAAGGUGUGGGCAAAAUGCUACUAGAGGCUGCCGAAAAGGUUGCUGUUGCCCGCAGCUGGCCAUUCAAGACCACAUCCCUCGCAGUCCUGGAAGCCAACGUUAAGGGCCAGCACUGCUACAACAGCGCAGGCUUCGAAGUUCUGCUACAGUCCGAGGGCAGCUUCCCAGAUGAUGGCCCCAAAGAGAAAUGGUUGAGGAUGUCCCGCAAAAGGAAAUUUGAAGCGUAG